AAGAUGUCUGCGGCCGUUCAGAAGUCACAUGUGAGUGCCGGCAAAAAGCUGAAGAAGGAUGCAAAGAAGAGGAAAUUGGAAGCCAGAGCCAUAGCUUCGGAGCUGGAAGACGAGGUCAAAGGCGCUUCCAACAGCGAAGGAAACUGUGGAUUGGAAAAGGAUUGCUUUUCUUCCGAUGAUGAAGCAAGAGAAGCCGACAAUGAGGAUGAUGUUGAACCCUAUAAUGAAAAUGAAAAUACCGCGGAAUCCAGUGUUGGAACUAAUAUGGGCUGGGCACAUGCCAUGGCUAAAAUCCUUAACAAAAAAAUUCCUAAAAGUAAACCCAGCAUUUUGGUCAAAAACAAAGAGCUGGAAAAGGAAAAAGAAAAGUUAAAACAAGAAAGACUAGAGAAAAUAAAACAGCGUGAUAAGAGGCUGGAGUGGGAAAUGAUGUGCAGAGUAAAGCCAGAUGUUGUCAAAGACAAAGAAACUGAGCGAAAUCUUCAGAGAAUUGCAACAAGGGGUGUGGUGCAAUUAUUUAAUGCUGUUCAGAAACAUCAAAAAAAUGUUGAUGAAAAGGUUAAAGAAGCUGGAGGCUCUGUUAGACGGCGUGCUAAGUUGAUAUCAGCUGUUUCCAAGAGGGAUUUCAUCAGUGUUUUGAGAGGAAUGGAUGGAAGUACAAAUGAGACAAGUUCAACUGGGAAGAGCUCAAAAGCCAAACAGACUGAAGGGAAAUCAGAAGAGGGCCCAAGUUGGACUAUCCUACGUGAUGAUUUCAUGAUGGGAGCAUCUAUGAAAGACUGGGACAAGGAAAGUGAUGGGCCAGAUGACAGCAGACCAGGAUCUGCAAGUGACUCUGAUACGUAAAGCCAUGUAGGAGACAUUUGCAAUCACUUGCUGUCUCCUACAAAACACGUUUCAUUCUCUUACAGUUGGGAAGUUAUAAGGAUACCAUGUGUAAGAAAGCCUGAAGACUUUUACCAGCUUUGGUAAAGGGGGAAUACUGGUCUUCCCCCUUUUCAUGUAAAUUAUAUUAAGAUUAUAUUUUCAA